AUGUUUAAAGUUAUUGGUAAAGGUAAGGUUGGACAGAUAGGCCUGUCCCAGGUAAGGUUUCAGUCGUCUAUUACAUUUUUAACUAACCAGAAUUUACUUAAUAAAAAUACACGGAAUAAUAACAAUAAUGCCACUAACACCAACGCUGGUGCUAGUGGUAGUAGUAAAACUGCUACAGGAACUGGUAUAAGUAAGACCGGUGUGGCAACUAAAGGAUUACAGAUGAGUGGUGGUCUGAGCGGUAAAAGUCUGGCGGACAAAAAGGUACUAGACUAUUCAUGGUUACCAAAGGUUCCACAGACGUCAUCUAUUACACAUCGUGAAAUAACAACGAACUCGUUGUAUUCGGGUUAUAGACCUCUCUUCAUUGACAAUAAAAAAGGUACACUAUUGGGUGAUGUUAAUUCCACGGCGCAAGACGCAAACAGCUCGAUAUAUGAAUUUGCAAUGAAAUUAAAUGAAUUGAGCGAGCCAUCACCUUGGAUGAUGUCUGCUACGGGUCUAGAAAGUUAUAGCGAGUGGGACUACGUUCCUUCUAAAGUUAUAAAGAAAUUAAAACCUUACGAUUUAAGCAUCAAAGAAAAUGAUACUCUUAAUAACAUAGGCGCUGAAAAUCAACUAGCAAGGACACAGAAAAAUGUAAAUAAAAAAAAUUGA